AUGGUGCUCCUCAAAUACUCGCCCCAGCAGCUUCUCAACCUCAUCUCUUUCUCCACUCCAGCCUGUCUUACAGACAUUAAAUCCCUCGGCCUUCUGCGUCGUCCUCGUUAUAUCCACAGAGCACAGAAACAUAAGUUUGUUUACUCCAGCCACACCGUCCCCACAGUCCAGUCGGACCGGCGCCCCGCCCACUCUCGACGACGUCAUCACAACAAACCACACGUACAGCUCAGUAACCUGAGACCUCUCAGAUGCACCAAUGUCCCUCCCACUCCCCUCUGCUCAUCAUCUUCAAACAUUUCCACAACAUUUAUGCUGCAAAAUGCCCGGUCCAUAAACAAUAAAGCCCACCUCAUCCAUGACAUCAUCACAGACAGGAAAGUAGACUUCUUAUGUCUGACUGAAACCUGGCAAAGCCCAAAUGACUACUUCACACUAAACCAAGCAACCCCACCUGGCUAUGUGUUUAUCCAAAAACCUUGCACCACUGGUCGCGGUGGGGGGCUGGCCAUGAUCUAUAGAGAAGAUUUCCAGGUUAAGGAGCUACCAGCACCCAGCACCUCAGCUCUCAAGUGUCUAAUCAUCUCUCUCACUGGAUCAGCUCCGCUUCAGAUCAUCCUCAUCUACCGGCCUCCCAAAGCAACGACCACCUUCCUGUCUGACCUGUCUGAGCUCCUCACCUCUGUCUGCUCCAGGUCUUCUUCCAUACUUCUCCUUGGAGACUUCAAUAUCCACGUUGACUCCACCAGCUGCACACUCACCUCCAAAUUUCUAUCACUACUGGACUGCUUCAACAUCACACAGCAUGUCCAAGGACCCACCCACUCCAAAGGUCACACACUGGAUCUUGUGUGCUCCACUGGUCUCACCCCAUUCAUUCCACAAUGCCUGGACCUAGCCAUCUCAGAUCACCAUGCUGUUUUCUCCUCUAUCCCCACCCCCCUCCCCAGACAGCUUACAAAACGCAACAUCACUUUCCGUAACCUCAAGUCAAUAAGCAUCCCAGCCCUCAAGAACAUGUUAGCUACCAACCUGACCACUACACACCCUAUAACCACAGUUGAUGCCCUGGCCAAUCACUACAAUACAGCACUAUCCCUCAGCCUGGAUUCUCUCACCCCUCUGAAGACUCGCUCAGUCUCCUUUACCCACCCAGCCCCCUGGUACACUGCUGAACUCCGCUCCAUGAAGGCUUCUGGCCGACAGCUGGAGAGACUUUCUAAAAAAUCUGGCCUCACCGUCCAUCUGGAGGCCUAUAAAGAGCAUGACACCGCUCCUCUGCCUCACUGCCGUCUUUCCUGCUUCACACCCGUGGACACUCUCCAAGUGGCUGAAUGGGUCAAGAAGGCCAAGGCAUCCACCUGCUCCCUCGACCCCAUACCCACACCACUGGUGAAAGCAUCUCUGUCUGUUCUGUGCCCCAUCAUGGUAGACAUCAUCAACACCUCAUUAUCAUCUGGAAUUGUCCCCUCAUCCUUCAAAACUGCCUCAGUAACCCCCAUCAUCAAGAAGCCUGGGUCAGACCCGGAGGACCUCUCCAACUAUCAACCGAUCUCCAACCUUCCCUUCAUCAGCAAAAUUCUCGAAAAAGCAGUCGCUGCCCAACUCCAGCAACACAUGUCCAACCAUGAGCUCCAUGAACCUCUUCAAUCAGGAUUUCGCACUCACCACAGCACUGAGACCGCCCUUAUCAAAAUAACCAAUGACCUCCUCACAGCUGCAGAUUCUGGACACAUCAGCCUCCUCAUUCUCCUUGACCUAACCGCUGCCUUCGACACAAUAUCCCACACCAUCCUCCUUGACCGCCUGUCUCACCAUCUUGGCAUCACUGAUACAGCUCUCUCCUGGUUUCACUCAUAUCUCUCACAAAGAAAACAGUUUGUUAUCAUCGGCACCUCUCAUUCAUCCCCCGUCCCAGUUAACCAGGGCGUGCCUCAAGGCUCUGUUCUUGGACCUCUCCUUUUCACCAUCUACAUGCUUCCCCUUGGACAGAUUAUUCACAAACACGGUCUCAGCUUCCACUCUUAUGCAGAUGACACCCAACUCUACCUCAGCACCAAACCAUCCACUCAGCUCCCUCCCCACUCCCUGGUAAACUGCCUCCACGACAUCAAAGCCUGGAUGAACUCUAACCAACUCAAACUCAACAGCAAUAAAACAGAGCUCAUGGUGGUGGCCCCCAAAGCGCUGCUGCAGAAGGUUGGAGAUCUCAUGCUCGAUGUGGACGGGACCUCCAUCUGUCCGUCCUCCGAGGUCCGAAACCUGGGCGUCAUCCUGGACUCCACCCUCUCCUUCCAGUCCCACAUAAAGUCUGUCACCAAAUCUGCCUUCUAUCAUCUCAAGAACAUCUCCAGACUCCGACCAUCACUCCCUGAUUCUGUGGCUGAAACACUCAUUCAUGCUUUCAUAACCUCCCACCUGGACUACUGUAAUGGAGUCCUGUCUGGAGUUCCCAGCAAAACCCUGGACAGGCUUCAGUACGUCCAAAACUCUGCAGCUAGAGUUCUCACCCACACUAGACCCUGGCAACACAUCACUCCGACCCUCAUCCACCUCCACUGGCUCCCUAUCAAGUCCCGUAUCAACUACAAAGUCCUCCUCCUCACAUACAAAUCUCUCCAUGCUCUGGCUCCCCAGUACCUUUCUGAUCUCCUCCAUCCAUACACACCAUCCCGCAACCUUCGAUCUUCAGACACCGGCCUACUUUCCAUG